AUGACCGACGAAGUAGACCUCCCCACUUUGCCUCACUCGCUCACAGAGUCCGUAGAAUUAUUAGAUCGUUUCUCUUUCAAUCCUCGUCUCCCAUCUUUUUUCGAACUUCCCGACUACAAAGAAUUUCUUGAACAUGAUUUCCCCGCGCCAUCUAUCUCUUCUAUAACAUCGAAGGCCAACCAGGCUCAAUUCCCAGCUUUCUUUUAUCCUUCUGCUCUGGUCGAAUUCGCUUACUCUGAUUCUCUUGAGGUCGAAGAAAUAACCCGCGAAUCUGGUUUAUCACUUUACUUCUCAGCAGAGACUCUUCGUACCAUAUUCCGUCCAUUUUCACCCGAUCAAACGAAAGGCGAUAGCUUUCCUCUUACAGAAGCUCAGACUCAGGAAAUCUUCGACGCCGCUGAGCCUUAUUUGCAAUAUAUCGCUCGAGCCUGGCUGAGGAAGGUCAACUGUCCUUUGUUUGUAUUGGAUAUCUUGGCGUACGCCGAGCAACAAGCUCGAGAAAGCCUGCUUGCUAUGUUAUCUUAUGAUGAUGCUAUGCUGGGAACGGUGUUUCCUCAAGUACCGAUUCCCUUUUCUAUACGAUCGCGCGAAGGAGACGCGAUUUUUCGUAUUCGUAAAGGGGACCCGGAUAUUGAUCCAUUCCUUCCUCUUCGUAGUCAUCGAGAGGUUGGAAAGGAUCAGCCACGAUUGACCUCGCAUGAUUCAGUCCGAGAUAACUCUGCGUCCAGUUCUGUCACUCUUCCUAUAACUAAGGCAAAGAAGGAGUCAAAAUCUGUGUUGUUUACUCAAUCAACAAGCAGUCCCAACAUAUCCAUAUCUCCUAUGCCAGCUAAAACCGAGGGCCUGAAACUUUCAUCGUCUACUGUUUCCCCAACUCGCGGUAGUCGCAACCAGCCUGCGCGCAAGGCCAAAAAUAAUCAUUCUGUUUUACAUGCCCGUAGCGUUGAUCCCCCAGAUGACGGCGUGGUACAUCGUUCUGAAGCAAGCCAGGUUGUCAAGUCAGGUUUCAAACGUCGCAAGGUAUCAGUGGAUACCAGGACACCUUCGAACAUGGAUAGAGUCGAGGAUAUACUCCGAGGCCAAUCUUCUGAAAUCGAGCCUAGUAUAGCCUUAGGAGCUCGACUGUCUCAUGUAUCUCCGGGGCGCGGUAGUCGUGGCCGACCUGCUGGUGCAAAAACAAAAGAUCAAACUCCGAGUUCCACCCAUACCGAUUAUGAACGUGGUCAAUCUGUCAAGACGGAACGCGGUCAAUCUGUCAAGACGGAACGCGGUCAAUCUGUCAAGACGGAACGCGGUCAAUCUGUCAAGACGGAACGCGGUCAAUCUGUCAAGACGGAACGUGGUCAAUCUAUCGAGACGGAACAUGAUAACGUAGUAGAUGAUGUGAAGAAUGGGCCGGAGAAACACAAGAAUAACGCAAUCUCAAACAGUACUGCCGACGUCGAGGGUUCUCGGGUCAGUGAUGAGUAUAUACCUACUGCUCGACCUCUUCUCCUUGUCGAUCCCAAAGGCCAUCUUGUCCUGCCUGAUCUCACUGGUCCCGAGGUGGAAGAACUUGCCAGUAUUGACCGUAAUGGUGAACCCUUUCGCCGUAGUUCUCCGCUGUUCGAACUUGAUGAGAGUUUGCUCAAUCUGGGAACUAUUUUGUCUGCGCAGAACACCCGUCUAAAUUUUAAGGAUCUUGUCACUCUCAAUCGUACCAUCCGGUUGCCAACAGUUGAUGAUCAAGCUUGCAUUUCGCUGUUAUCCAGAGGAGAAUCAAACCUGAAUGACAUUGGAUCACAGUUGGGCUCAAAAUGUCAACGCUGCCAGAAAAGUUCCAAACGAUGUUUAUCGGAAAUGCAACUCUCAACGGCCAUUCCUGCUAUGAAUAACAUAUUUGUUGCUUCACAAAUCUGCACAGACAAUUUGAGGUUGCUGCUUCACCGACUGCUUGGCCUUUAUUGA